AUGUCCACUAUGUUCGACAACAUCGCUUCGUCCAUCCUGACUGAAAAUGGUGUUGAAGCACACGAAGUCGAAAGGAAGAACAACGUGUACAAGGGAUCUUUGGCUGUAUUGUAUGACGAGACAUGGGCGUCGCAAAAUGCAGUUUCAGUAUUUGACCUGGUAGACAUUAUCCGUGACACACGGGAGGAGGACCGCACAAGUGAACCAAUCCCGGAGAAGGCUUGCGUACUAGGAUGGAGCGUUGGGGGGGAAGUUCCACUUGUCUUGCAUACUCCUUUUGGAUGUCGUGGAAUUUUUACGAAAGGAUUGCAGACCCGGGAUUUAUUUCCUCCACACAAUCCUUUCAUUGAAUUGGACGUUAGAUCAGUCGAGGAGGAUCUAAUCUUUGGACUUGUUGUCACUGGAACGCCUGGCAUUGGGAAAACAUUAUUUCUUUUGUAUGUACUUGCACUACGCCUCCUUGCACGACAAACGACUGUCCUGCAGUUUGUAAAGGGCGAGUUCACAAUAUUUGAAGCAGCUGGAGUGUUUGUCUGUAAGGAGAUGGAAGCAGAGCUUUUAUUCUUACCAGAACAUACCUGGUUCCUGGUGGAUAGCAACGAGGGUAUUACUAGCCCGCCUUUUGAGUUCCUCCGUGCUUGUGAUACAUACUCUCGGAAACUGAUUGUGGCGGCAUCACCACGACAAGAACGAUUCGAAUUCACGAGCAAAUACGACUUGCUUUGGACUCUAUGGAUGUACCCGUUCGAGUUUUGGGAAUAUAUUGCAGCGCGAUAUUUUCAACUUGAAAAUACUGCAACGGAACUCCAAUUGCAGCACUUCUUCCGCGUAUGGGGUCCUAGUGCACGUGCAGCAUUCGCAAAUGCCACCAGCCCAGAAGAACACAAAAGAGAAAUUGUACAGAACAUCUUGAAUGUUCCUUGGGACAGCCUGCGCAAUGUGAUUAGAAGCAUGGGCGGUGGCAGUUUUGAUACCAAAUUCUCUCACAAUACACUCAUUGCAAAGCCUUGUAGCGAUGAUCCUUCUGAUUUCUAUGUCGAGUUUGCAACUAAAUCAGUUGCAGCAAUGGUAAUAGAAACUUUCCUAGAUGUGGAAGAACAAAAGGCCCAGCAACUCUACCGAUUCUUCUUGGGGAGUCCCAAAGCCAGAGCAGCUGCUGGGUACCUAUUAGAGGUAAUUGCGAUGACUAGUUUUCAGAAGGGUGGAGCCUGGAACGUGCAGGCCAUGGAGAAGGAUAAAAAGGGAGGCCGAGGACAACCGACAAAGGUUGCUUGGGGACACAAUCCAGCUUCAGUAUCGUAUACGAUGCUUAUUGGGUACGGGGGCAGGCCAGUGACGAUAAAGGAGGGCGAGCACCUUUCUCUGGGACAAAAAAAAAUCGCAGAAGUAGCUCGUGUCGACUUCAACCCUAAGGAUGCAAUGACAGUGGAGGGUGCAAUGUAUGUUUCAAAGCAAAUCACUAAUCCCGCAUUUGAUGCUUGGAUUUUUAAUCCGCAAGAUGGCAAUAUGGUGGUUAUCCAAGCCACCUGCCAAAGGUCCUCUUACAACUUCGACUCUAAGGCGUUUGAGUGGUUCGAUUGUCCUGAAGUCAAGAGUCUUGACGUCGUCAUUGUAUCGGAUUUAGAUGGCGGAAAGAAGGUAGAAACACUAAUAGAGAACGACAGGAAGAUACGGAAUGUGUAUCGUUUGAUAAUGUAG